AUGGGGAAUUUAAUCACUUGCUCGAUAUCCUGUGAUGAGUGGAUGGAUAAAAUCUCUCAAUGGCUAGACAAGAAAGUUGGUUAUAUUCACGAUCUUGAGAAGAAUCUCGCCACUCUGGAGAACAGCAUGGUUAAGCUCAAGGCUAAGCGGAAUGAUUUAUUACGAAAGGCCACAAGAGAGGAGGAUAAAGGUGGACAAAGGCUGGAAGAAUUCCAGGUAUGGCUUAAGAAAGUUGAGUCUUUGGAUCAAAAAGUUGAUGCUCUUCUUGAUGCUAGAGAUGUUCAACUUCAAAGGUUGUGUCUUUGUGGGUUUUGCUCUAAGAGUUUAAGAUCCAGUUACCGUUACGGGAAAAAGGUUUUCUUGUCGUUGAUAGAUGUUGUGCAACUCGAAAAUAGAGUUUUCCAAAAUGUUACUGAUCAAGUAGUUAAUAAAGCUGACACAGCUGUGAUAGAGGAAAUACAAGUUCCACGGAUAAUUGUUGGUCAAGAAGCAAUGCUCGAUAAGGCAUGGAAACAUCUCAUGAAAGAUGGAGUUGGUAUUAUGGGAAUGUAUGGUAUGGGCGGAGUUGGGAAAACAACGCUUCUCAUGCAAAUCAACAAUAAGUUCAGUGAAGAAAGGUGUGGAUUUGAUUUUGUGAUUUGGGUUGUGGUGUCUAAAGAGUUACAUGUAGAGAAGAUUCAAGAUGAAAUCGCUCAGAAAGUUGGUCUUGAUGGAGAGAAGUGGGAGAAAAAAAAGAAGAGCCAAAAGACCAUUGAUUUAUACAAUUUCUUGAAGAAAAAGAGAUUUGUGCUGUUUUUAGAUGACAUAUGGGAGAAGGUGGAUUUAACAGAGAUUGGAGUCCCAUUUCCAGGACCAGAAAACCGAUGCAAAGUAGUCUUCACCACUCGUAAACAAGGUGUAUGUUCGGAGAUGAUGGCUGAAGAACAAUUGGAAGUCCAAUGUUUGGCGGAAAUUGAAGCAUUUGAUUUGUUCCAAAAGAAGGUUGGACAAAAAACACUAGACAGCGAUCCAGAGAUCCCCAAGCUUGCAAAAGACGUUGCUAGAAAAUGUGGUGGCCUUCCACUGGCGCUCAAUGUCAUAGGGGAGACCAUGUCAUGCAAGAAGACGGUGGAAGAAUGGCGUCACGCUAUAAAUGUUUUGACUUCGUACGCUACAGAGUUUUCUGGCAUGGAAGAUAAGAUCCUUCCACUUUUGAAGUAUAGCUACGAUAAUCUUAAGGGCGAGGAUGUCAAAUCAUGUUUGCUGUAUUGCGCUUUAUUUCCAGAAGAUGAUCUGAUUUCUAAAAAGUAUUUGAUAGACUACUUGAUAGGCGAAUGUAUUAUAGAUGGAAGUGAAGGUAUAGAGAGGGCCAGAUACAAGGGGUAUGAGAUUAUUGGUGAUCUUGUUCGUGCAUCUUUGUUGAUGGAAGAUGCUGAACAAUAUGGAACAGAAUGUGUGCGUAUGCAUGAUGUUGUUCGUGAAAUGGCAUUGUGGAUUGCAUCUGAAUUGGGAAGAGAAAAGGAGGCUUUCAUUGUGCAUGCAGGUGUAGGGUUAAAUAAAAUUCCAAAGGUUAAGAAUUGGAACAGUGUGAGAAGAAUGUCACUGAUGAAGAACAAGAUUCGCAAUCUAGCUGGCAGUCCUGAAUGUCUCGAACUCACAGCUUUUCUCAUGCAACGGGGAGAAUUGGUAAAUAUCUCGAGUAAAUUCUUUAAGUCCAUGCCGAAGCUACAGGUGUUGGAUCUAUCAUUUAAUGAACAUCUCACCAAAGUGCCGGAUGGAGUAUCUGAUUUAGUUUCUUUGAAGUAUCUCAACUUGUCAGAUACAGGUAUCCGUCAUCUCCCUAAGGGUCUACAAGAGUUGAAAAAACUCAUUCACUUGAAUCUCGAGCAUACACUUCAGCUUUCGAGUAUUGCUGGGAUAUCAAAUCUGCAUAAUUUGAUGAUCCUGAAAUUAGCUGGAAGUGGCUUUUCAUGGGAUCGCGGCAUAGUGGAGGAAUUAGAAACCUUGGAGCAUUUAGAAAUUUUAACCCUAGAAAUCCAUUGUCCACCACAUCUGGAGCUAUUUUUUAGUUCUCUCAGGUUGACGAGUUGUACACGAUUUCUGGAGAUCUUGAAAUUGGAAUCAACUGGAAUAGCAAUUCCAGUGACCAUGAACAAGCUUCGUUAUUUCAUCAUUACGAACUGCACUAUCCCUGAGAUAAAGAUGGGAAGUAUAUGCAACAAAAGCAAUAUGGUUUCUCCUAUACACAAUCCGAGCGAGCCAUGCUUCUUGAGCCUCUCCAAAGUGUAUAUAAAUAAAUGCCGAGGCCUGAGGGAGCUGACGUUGCUGAUGUUUGCUUCAAAUCUUAAAGAACUUGAAGUUAGGUAUUCAGAUCAACUAGAAGAUAUAAUAAACAAAGAGAAAGCUUGUGAAGUUGAAGAAUCAGGGAUUGUUCCUUUUGCAAAGCUGGUUUCUCUUUAUUUGCGGAGUCUACCCAAGCUAAAGAAUAUCUAUUGGAAUCCUCUACGCUUUCCAUGUCUAAAGAUAUUCAAUGUAAUCGAAUGUCCAAAUCUGAAAAAGCUUCCAUUGGAUUCUCAAAGUGGCAUACAUGGUGAAAAUAGACUCGUCUUAGGAUACAGAGAGGAAAGUUGGAUUGAAGGUGUUGAAUGGGAGGACGAAGCUACAAAAACUCGCUUCUUAUCUUCAUGA